AAACUCUGAAUUAAUAUGACCCCUUCCCGCAUAUAACAAAAAAAAAAAAAAACAAUUUCAUUAUUUAUAAAUUAUAGAAGAGCAUGAACUUUAUACACAGUAAAUAUUAAAUCAUAUUCUAUUUUAUACAAGCAAAGUGGAAACAAAUAUGGUUGAAAUUCUCAAGAAUUUUUAUGCCAUGAAUUUAUUUAUUUUCUUAAUUAUUUUAGCAGUAAAAAUUCGUGGUGCGCAUUUUCCGUGUGUAACUGAUGACGAUUGUCCAAAACCUGUGAACAAGUUAAGAGUUAUCAAGUGCAUUGAUCACAUAUGUCAGUAUGCUCGUAAUCUCCCUGAUUUUGCGUCUGAGAUCUCAGAGAGUACAAAAAUGCCCUGCAAAGGAGAAUGAUUUAUUGUCCAAGAAGCUAAAAUAAUAAAUGUAAAAUAUACCUUAUGAUAGAAUAUUCCAAAAGAUGUCAUUUAAAUAUUGUAUGGGUACCAAAAAAGGUUAUUAUUUUUUCUUUUCCUAACUUGAGGAACCUUUCAUUUAUGAUUAUGUAUUUUAAAGUGAUGUGACAGCCAAAGAGUAUUAUUAUAUUUCCUUCUUCUCUCUUAA